UCUAUUUUUACUUGGCUACAACUGAAACGACAAGAAGUGCUUUUCAUGUGAAUAUGUAAAUAAUGUUGUGACAUACAUUACACAUAUGCCUUGGGGCUAAAGGAACAACUUUAAUUAAUUUUGAAACUUCCUGCGUUAAAAUUAUCAUUAAAAUUCAUAAAACAAAUUAGAUGCAAGUGUUUACAAUAUCUGCAGUGGAUUGCAAUACAAAAGUGGAUUUAUACAAGUACAAUUAUAGGUGCUUAUUAUUGAAGGGAUGGUGAAGUCAACUGUUUUUCUGUGUGCGUGAGGGGUUAAAUACUCACACAUGAAGCAACAAGUGCCGAAAGCGAUUAAAUCAUUAGAAGAAUCAACAUCAAGUUGAACUUUAAAGACAAAUAUAGGAUAAGCUGUUAGAGGUUCAGUUUACCGAACCUGUUACCUGAUGAGCAUGCAAUGAAAAGAAAUAUUGGCAUUAACAACAGUUAAACAAAUCAAAAUCCCCAAAAACAGCGACAAUUCAAGUUCCAAAACAUUCUUAUCUCAAACAAGCAAGAAAUACAUUUAAGUGAACUUGUUCUUUUUUCACCAUGGAAUUUGAGAUGCUGGUUUUCCUGGGACUCAUGGGUUUUGUAGCGUUCCUCAUCUACCUGACUGAUUACGCCCUGAACAAACGAAGGAGUGGGGCUGACCAGCACACAGUGAGAGGGAGGAGAAAUACCAUGUAGAUGUCCUGAAAUAAUUGUCAUCUUGUGUAGAAAUUUUGUGUUGUUUCACCUCAGAACAUUUGAAAAAGAGAUUUAUAAACAAAGAACAGACACAGUGAAGGUUAAAAUCAAAUCAUGAAGAUGGAACAUGAACUUCUAUUUGUUCAAUAAUUACCAAGUUUUGGGUUGAAAUUUGCUCUGUGCUAAACAUUUUUGCAUGAUAUAUCAAUCCAGGGUUUUUUAAAUAUCCAUUAUAUAUGCAAACAAGUCAUUAUAAGCAGCAAAUUUGCAGAAGUUUUAGGAGGAUUUAUGCAUUAUAAAAAUACAUUGAACUAACUCAUGUGAAGCAAUGGGAAACAUUACAUGAAUCAUAAAUGAGAACUAGGAUUUGAAAAAAUGAACACAAAUCUUGUUUUAUAAUUCUAAAGAUUUUUUCACCAGGAAGAGAGAUUACGGAAGACUGUUUUGAUCGUUAAAUGUCUGUGUAACUCAGGUAUGCAAAACAUCGGCCAAUACAAGGUGCUUGAGAGACCUGGUGAGGGAAGAGAAAUGAUCGAUGGAUGGCGAUGAUAGAAGGACAUAAAAUACUGCAUGUUAUGACAAAAGAUAAACAGAAGAUAAAUAAAUGCAUAAACAUAUCUCACAGUUGCUGAUGUAAAUAUGACCAAGCCUUAAAAAAUAUCAACAAAUAUUUUACGAGAAAUGAGAGCUCAUGAAAAUGUAUGUGUAUGAUGAUAAAACUAUAAACCAAUAUUGAAGGAAACAUGUUGUAUUACAAAGCACCAAGAGAUGUUCAUGUCCAAAAGCUAGAAGUGGCUAUUCUUGUGACCAUUGGUGUAAUCAUUGUUACUUUUGUACGAUUCCGACUUUACCAAACAGAAUGUGGCUGGAUCAGAGACUGUAGCUAGUUGGUGUCCACAUCUCUAGUAGCUAGUUCAUGUCUACAUUGCUACAAAUUUGAUAUAUUUAAAUAUUCAGAGUAUUCAAAUUAUAAAAAAGUGACAUAGACUUAUUUUGACUGCAAUUAGUAGCCACAUGACAGUUAUUAAAACUAACUGUGUAUGCAAUGUAGUCAAUCCAUUUGGGUUGGCAUAAUGUAACUUAAUGUGUUUGAAUACAAAAAGACUUUAUGAAUGAAAAUGUUCAUAUAUUAUGUAGCAUUAAAAGUAAAACUAAUAUGUUACUGUCUAUAUACUUACUUAAUGCUAUAACCACCAUAUCACAGUAAUUAAUAAUAAGGAAAAGCAACAAGUUAAUGGCCUCAGGGUCGUAAUAAUUAUAUUUCACCACAUACCCCUCUGGUUAUUACAUGUAAACAUUCAAAACAGAUGAUUAAAACACCAAUUUUGACAUAUUGAUGAAUGCAUGCUGUUAGUAAGGCUCCAAGCAUGCAUGUGACUCUGUCUGUGCAGUUUCCCAACUCCGGGACCGUCUUCAUUGAAAUAGAUACUUUCACAUCCAUACUUGUCUUUGUCCUGCUGUGUUUUAAACUGUUGGUGCUUCUUUUGUGUUAAGGCUGAUCUGUUUUGGACUUUGGUGAAUGGAUUUUACCAUUAAAGGACUAAAAUUGGCUACCUAAGGCAUCAUGUUGAAAAUAACGAACAUUACUGAAUUCGGACUUAGAUUUUGAAACUUCUAUAUUUGUGAACAUGAACAGGAAUUGUUUGGAGGGCCCAACUAAUACUCUAUUAAAAUAAAUGAUGAACUGAAUUUGUAAUGCACAUAAUGUGCUUUUUAGAAGCCGUACCUUAUAAUAAUUGUUGAUAUUUUUUCUGAGAAAUGCCCUUAAAGAGAAUGUUUAAGUGUUGUUUUGGCAACAAAAAUGGUUCUUUGGAUUUUAGCAAAAACUUCCACACCUCACAGACCCAUCUAGUGUCCGGUGUGCCUGAUAUGGACAAUUGUGAUUGGUCAAAAGAGAAUCUCUAUGACAACCAUGGGACUAUAUUUAGAACUGUGUCAAAUGAAUGCAUACUGGAUUUUCAAUUUUUCGAGCACAUAAGCUCGUUACCGAGGAAAAGUAGCAACAAUGAAUGUGCAAAGCCUACAACAUUGUCAAUCUCUUGCAGUCUACCCUGUACACACGGGUCUGACAGACAUAAAAAUGUGGCAUUGCAAAGACUUUCCAUCUGUAAAUGUGAAAAUGGGAACUGUUCAUUGUGCCCAAAUUUUCAGUUACUGCAGGAGUCGGCCUUUAUAGGUAAUGGUUCUCUUUCAAGUAAGGAUAACUCUAGUGAACAUAGUACUGCAUCUGUAGAUGUUUUUGGAGGCAUGCAGAAUAAAACUAGAUCAAACAAACUAACUGGAAGGCUUUUUGGUUAUGUUCAUGAUGAAAAACCUGACACUGGCAAAGGGUCUUUUGGAAAUUUACAGACGAACCAAGAAACUGACAUGGGUAUAUGUGAUACUGUUAAUGCAUCUGAAGAUAAUGAAACUUUUAACAAUGUUUAUUGCAAGGAUACUUUUGUUGCAAUGGAAAAGCCUUACGGAAAUGUUGAACAUGUUCCAUCAACAUCUACUCCAAAAAAUGCUAGACAAAAACAGAGGCUUACGACAAGUCUCUCUGUGGGUGCCGUGAGGUACAACAAUGGCUCUGGACACCACGGGCUAGUUCAUAUCCCCAAACCCAGGCCUAGAAGUAGAAGUGUAUCCAACAAUGCUGGGAAUGGGGAGAAAAAGUCAGACUGGCAUUACACUCAAGAAUGGCUGGAGAGGAUUGAAACUUGGAAUACUGUGUAUGAUACUGGGUGUAACCACCCUAGUGAUUGUGAUGAGACAGAUGCAAAGGUAACUGAUCAAAAUAGGUUUUACUGACUGAGAGAAGAGUUUUCGCAUUAAAAAUAUGUAUUGAUUUAAAGUUGCAAGGAAAUAAUUAAAAACUCAUUUAACUGAAAGUACUUAUUUUGCAAAAGCAGCACUGCUCCAGAUUUCAGAGGUAAGAAAGAUAUGUUUGAAAAGGGUUCUAUCAAUAUUUCUGCAAAGCAUGGUGUAUAAAAAUGAAUACCUUUGACCUUCAUUAGGUUGAAUUUCUGGUAAUUUCAGAUUUUGUUAUAAGGUAAACAUAUGCUCUUGACUAGGCAGUGUUAGAGGCCUCUGGCCCCCUGGUACUGGUUUAACUAAUGAUGGUUUUUAAAAUUGAGCCACUGUAAAAACCUUCAGUUUUUCUUGGAAAGUUGGUAUUCUGUGCCUCCCUUUUGAAAGCCUAGAUCUGGUGUAGAUUUAAGGAUGAAGUUUGAUCUUUAAAUAGUAGAAAACUUCAAGCCUGCUAUUUU